CGCACAUUCAAUGCGCAAACUUUUAUUGUGCGCUUUGAACUAUUGUUAUAGUGGGGCGUCGCUUCCAGCUGCCCAGUCCCAUAAUCGCGCCUUCACUCGCCCAAAGCGACUGCGACUUCAUGAACCAGCCUCACUAUAUACUUCAACACGACUGCCGCAACUUAACCACCAUUAUUUUGCAACCUCUCCAAACUUUCUCCAUUAAUCCUUCAAAAUGGGCAAGCGAACCUACACGCGACGGAGCAUGACUAUGGCUCCUUCUGAGCACGAUUCACCACCCGACGAUAGCUUCAGCCGCAAACGCCGCAAGUCCAACCACCCGACUAGCUCUGAGCCGCAAUCUCGUUCUGUCUCCUCGAUCUCUUCAAGCACACAACCGCACCAGAUGCCUAAGUCGAAGAAGUUCGCUGGACCGAUAUCGCUGCCUGCCGACGAGAUGGAUGUGGACGAGGUUCAGAAGCCGGACCCGUUUAAGGGCCUGAUUGAUCACUACAAGGCCAAAGGCGGACACUAUCCUCCCCGCGCGCAAGAAUCCCUGCAUGGCGGCCGCAAGAACUUUGACCAUCUUAUGCAGGCGAAGAAAGCGCCUCGACCCGCCGUUUCCACCAAAGGCUGCGGGUCCGGCAAUGGCCGCGAGGGGAAUGGCAUCAAUGGAUAUGGGAAGGCACCACAAAACCAGGGAUCAGACAUCAGCAAGCCGACUAUGACCACAUCCGUCCGCGGCCCCGACGAAACAUCGGAGACUUCCAAACGCUUUGCCCGUGUGGUCAAGAACGCGCCGAAGCGAGCGUUCCUACUGAGGGAGAAGGAAUACACUUCACCGGAGACCCCAGCGCCGUCGAGGGACCUGUUCCGCAAACGUAUGGGACAAGACUCAAAGGAAGCUAAGCUGUGGGCUGAGAACCAAUCCAAGUCACCGUUGUUGCGUCUGCCCGCUGAUGUCCGCCAACGCAUCUAUGAGUAUGCGCUCGGCGGAAACACGAUCCUGAUCGGGUUCCAGACCUAUGAUAAUUCGGAGAACAAAGACGGCUCCGCAAAAUCGGUCCCCAUCUUCAAAUAUCACUGCGAGGUGAUGACAGGGCGCCGCAACCCUUUUGUCGAUUACAUGAGACCGAAACCCGAGACGUCGAAGGGCUUCACACUGCUCAACGCAGUCUCUCGACAGCUCUAUCUCGAGACCUCCGUUUUCCCAUACAAGCUGAAUAGGCUGGCAUUCGAGUCUCAUAACGUCAUGUUCAACUUCCUCGCUAUGGAGCCGCGCCUUACGCGGAAAGAGCGCGAGGCAAUCGUCGAGCUGGCUUUGUGGGACCAACUGCCAUCCGCGAAUCUCCUGGCACUUCUGCCUAACCUCAAGAAGGUACAGUUUGCCGGAGCAGCGCCAUUCCGAGGAUGGUACCGUAAGAUCGAGGGGCACAAGGGGGCGAUGCUGAUCAAGGAGAUAAACGUCGCUGCAAAACCCACGACCAGUAAGGUAUGAGGCGCGUAAAGAAUUGGAAGAGGGCGCGAUGGGUAACUUGGCAAUGGUAUCGGCUAGCGCUGCACUGUUCCCUACGCACCCUCAAGGCAAGCGGGCUGCUUUGUGGAUAAUGAAGGGCAUACGAAAAGUGGUUUGAGUAGCUGGGCACGAGUUCGG